AUUGGCAGUGGUUUGUCGUCAGUCUAGCGUGUACCACCAGUGAGUCAAGGUGUCUUGCGGUUGAAUGGACUUUUAAAUGAUUCUUGUCGAUCCAAGGUGAUCCCGGAUCUUAAUCAUGCCUGUAUUUCACACGAAAACCAUCGAGGGCAUCUUGGAACCUGUGGCCCAGCAGGUGUCCCGUCUGGUGAUCCUACACGAAGAGGCUGAGGAUGGCAAUGCUAUGCCCGAUUUGGAGAAGCCAGUCAUGGCUGUCUCCAAGGCGGUCGUCAAUUUGGUUAAGGUUGGGAGGGAGACCAUUAACAGCAGCGAUGACCCCAUCCUGAAGCAGGACAUGCCAGCUGCUCUCCACCGUGUAGAAAGUGCCUCAAAGCUCCUUGAAGAGGCGUCAUCGCUGCUGAAGGCUGACCCAUAUUCACAGCCUGCCAGAAAAAAAUUGAUAGAGGGAGCCCGAGGUAUUUUACAGGGCACAUCCAAUUUGCUGCUUUGCUUUGAUGAAUCAGAAGUGCGCAAGAUCAUCAGAGAAUGUAAGAAGGUCUUGGAUUAUUUAGCAGUGGCAGAAGUCAUAGAAACAAUGGAAGAUUUAGUACAGUUUGUUAAAGAUCUCUCUCCAUGCCUUACCAGGGUCUCACGGGACGUCGAUGGACGUCAACAAGAAUUAACACACCAAGUUCACCGCGAAAUUUUAAUGCGAUGUCUUGAGGCUGUAAAAACGUUAUCACCUAUUCUCAUUUGCUCCAUGAAGAUCUUCAUUCAAAUAUUCCAUCAAGGAGGGAAGGGUAUAGAAGAGGCAGCAGAAAACAGAAAUUAUUUAGCUGGGAGAAUGACAGACGAAAUCAACGAAAUCAUCCGUGUCCUUCAGCUCACUACUUACGAUGAAGAAGAAUGGGAUGCUGAUAACUUGACAGUCAUGAAGAAGUCUGUCAAUGCUAUUGAAGGCAAAGCUCAGGCUGCACAUGAUUGGCUACAAGAUCCAACUGCCCUGCGAGGGGGUAUUGGUGAAAAAUCGCUUCGUCAGAUCUUGGCACAGGCAGGGAAAGUUGCUGAGCGGUCCCUCCCAUCUGACCGUGAUGUUAUCAGGAAACUCUCAGGUGAUAUUGCCUCCAUGACUGAUGCUCUCUGUGAAUUACGACAAGAUGGCAAAGGAGCCACUCCACAGGGUCAAAGUCUAGCUCGAAGUAUUGGUGAAAAACUGAAUGAGCUGAGUGGUGCAAUCUCAAGGGCUGUGAACAAUGUCGAAAGAAGUGGGGUACAACAACCUGCUCAUACAGUUGCUGGACGACUGGAACAAGCACAGAGAUGGUUGAAUAACCCCUCUUUGGAUGACAAAGGAUUAGGCCAGCAGGCUAUUGGCCUUAUUGUAGAAGAAGGAAAGAAGGUGGCUGCUGGAUUGACAGGUCCAGCUAAGUCAGGCAUUCUUGCCCUUUGUGAUGAGGUAGACAAUUUGUCACAGCAGUUGUCAGAUAUGUGUCGACAUGGGCAAGGGGAUUCACCUCAGGCUCAAGAUGCUGCAAGAGCACUGUCUGCCAAACUACAAGAGCUCAAGAACAAGAUCCAGACUGCAGUUGUAGAUCGUGUUGUAGAAGAUUUUGUUGACAUUACAACUCCGCUGAAGCAGUUUACAGAUUCAGUGUUAGCACCUGAAGACACUCCUGGUCGAGAACAAGUAUUUGAGAAUCGUGCAGCAAAUCUUGCUCAGUUUAGUAAUAGAGCAGCAAAAACUGCACUCAUGGUUGCAGCAGGAAGCUCAGGUGGUAACAAGAAGUUGACAGAAGCCCUUUUGGCAUCAUCUGGCCAAGUGGAGAGCUUAACUCCGCAGUUGGUUGCUGCUGGACGUAUCCGUAUGACCUACCCAUCCAACAAGGCUGCAGAUGAACAUUUUGAGAAUCUUCGUCGUCAGUAUGCUGAGAGUAUACAAAAGGUCAGGGACCUAGCUGAUGAAGCAACAGACUCUGCAGCAUUUAUCAGUGCAUCAGAAAAUUUGAUAAAGAGACAUACAGCUCAGUGUGAAGCAUCGAUAUCAAACCAUGAGCCUCAAGCUAUGGUUGAUAACACAAGUGCAAUAGCCAGACUUGCAAACCGAGUGUUGAUGGUGGCCAAGCAAGAGGCCGAUAACUCUGAAGAUCCUAUGUUUGUAGCUAAGGUUAACUCUGCAUCGGAACAGCUGCAGGCAGCUGUGACACCAAUGGUACAAGAUGCCAAAAAUGUUGCAAUGAAUCCUGAUGAUCAUCAUGCAAUUAGCAGAUGGCGCCAGUCAAACCAAGCUCUGUUGGCUGCAGUGGGAGAGGUCCGCCGUGCUGUGAUGGUCUAUCCUGAAGAGGAGCCCAUGAUUCCUCCACCUCCAGACAUGUCUGCCCUUAGACUUAAUGCAUUCCCCUACUGCUUGGAGCCCAAUGCAGCUCCUCCACCUCCACGUCCUCCAGCACCACCUCAAAUGAUGGACCUUGAAGAUGACAUUUUUAAGGUGGACUUUAUGAAAAUCUUUGGGGAACCGGAGCGAGCAUUGACCCCCUCAAAUUACCAGGGGAUCCAUUUACCUGAGAGAGAUCAAGCUCCACCACGUCCUCCUCUCCCUGGGGGUGAGAAAGCACCUCCACGUCCUCCCCCUCCUGAAACAGAUGAUGAAGAGGAGACUCAAAUGUUUAACGAAACUCCCCUGCCAAGUCAGCCCAUUAUGAUGGCUGCUCAUGGUCUUCAUCAAGAGGUAAAACAGUGGUCAUCUCGUGACAAUAACAUUAUUGCAGCUGCAAAGAAGAUGGCCUUGUUGAUGGCCCGUUUGUCACAGCUUGUCAGAGGGGAAGGAGGAACGAAAAAGGAUCUGAUUGCUUGUGCCAAAGCAAUUGCAGAGGCUUCAGAAGAGGUUACACGUCUAGCAAAGGACCUAGCGAGAGAAUGUACAGAUAAACGAAUGAGAACGAAUCUUCUGCAAGUGUGCGAACGUAUCCCGACAAUUGGUACUCAGUUAAAGAUUCUUUCUACUGUAAAAGCUACAAUGCUUGGUGCUCAAGAGUGCUUCCCACGUCGUGAGUCGGAGAUCGAGUUCAUGAUUGGGUCUAGCUCAGAAGAAGACCAAGAAGCAACUGAAAUGCUUGUUGGAAAUGCUCAGAAUCUGAUGCAGUCUGUAAAGGAGACCGUCCGUGCUGCCGAGGCUGCAUCCAUCAAGAUUCGUACAGAUGCUGGCAUUAGGCUACGUUGGGUUCGCAAACAACCUUGGUAUCAGUAUUAAAAGUGGACUUUAUGUAAUAUGUGUCCUUUCUAAUGUGAUCAGUCACUGUUAUGCAUUAUUGUGUUUUGGUAGCUGGAUACUCGGUGGAUCUCAUUUAAACCACAAAACCCAACUUCAACAGAUAUAAAAAGUUAAAGUUUGUAAACCUUGACCUUUUUUUUAUUUAUUUCUUUGUUAGGUGUACUCCUUGGAGAACAUUGAUGCUCAACUAGAUUGUCAGAUUUAUAGGAUUCAUUGUACUUGCAAAUAAUAAUGUGGCAUGGAAUACAUACAAUAAUUGAAUUACUGUCAAAUCAGCUGGUUUAAGUGGAUGUUCAUAUAAUUUUUUUCUGUUGGGUAAUUUCCCAAGAACAUUUAAUUACCUAACACUAAGUAGCAAAUUGAAUUUGUAAGCUUUGUUGAAUGCUAAUUAUAAAUUGGGGAACAUCAAGCAUGCAAGGAAAGGUACUCACUAGUCGUUAUUGCAAUCUUAGCAGUUUUUUUUUUCUUUUUUUUUACUAAAAUGUGUUUACAUUUUAAAUGAAGCUAAAAGAAUAAUUCUUUUAAGUAACUCGGGGUAUUACAGACUGCCAUAUAACAGGAUAGUAGUCCUGUUAUGUUUAGAACACAUUAUUUUUUUAACAUUUCAAGAUCCAUGUCACAGCCUUAGGUGCAUCAUAUCAGUUACAGGGUUUUCACUGUAAUUUGAAAGUUGUAUCAUAUCAACUUACAAAAUGAUGAAAAAAAGGAAGGGAUUCCAAGAUCAGUUACAUGGUAAACUGUAGUAGCCAAGCUUUAACUAACGUAUAUUUUUUAUUUUAUUGGUCAAAGGUUAAAACAUUCACAGACUUGAACGCAGAGUAUGUAUACAGUACUAAAGUCUUCUGAAAGUAUAAAUACUCACUGCCUUAUUUUUAAGUGUGGUCACAUUUUUUUUUCUAAAAAAUCCAUUAGUACAGGGGAAAGUGCAAAAUAACAACAGUUUGAUUUCUACAGGGGUUGUUUCCCCCCCAAUACCAUCUGGUCUCAUAUAAUUUUAAAGAGCAUGUUUUAUUAGAUUUUAUUUAAAUAUAUAUUGAUAAAACAUAGCUUUUCAAAGAAGUGGCAAUAUUUAUCAAAAUACCUCUUGAUUUGAUUAUCUGUAUGGCCUGUCAUCCACAUUUGAAAGAUAUCUUUAAUAGUCCUUUUUUUUCAAAGCUAGCCAAGUAGAGUACAUUUAUAUCAUCUUUUAAAAAUAUUUUUACAUAUUUUACCAUCAAGCAGAUUUGGAUAUUUAGGAAAAAAUAGUACAGUAGAUUGUUUAUCCAGUUUCCAGCGCAUCACACUUGGCAGUGGAGUGUGUUUGUGUGUGUGUGUUCAGGAAUGCACAUUUUUUCUUUUUCUGAACAAUUUUACUUUGCUUUUUUUGGAAGAAAGCUAACAGCAGAAUAGGGAAAGGGAAGCUCAUGUUUUCUGUAUGAGGGUUGUAUGAACACCCCAUAUCUUGUAAGGUUAUAUAAAUUAUAUGUACAGUAUACAGGUAUCAUAGUUACAAAAAUAUACAAAGUAGACAUAUAGAUGCUUUAUGUUGUGCCAAAAAGAGCUGUCUUCCUGAUACCAGGAGUAUUAUGUUAUUUAGCUUACCUUGUUUAGUGAUAAUUCAAAUAAAAAACUUUACACAUUAUUUUACUUGCUAAGUUAAUGAAAAUUUUAAGAGUCAUAGAGCCUUGUGUAUUACUGAGGAUUUUAUUUGUGUUUUGAACUUGCACAUUAUUGAUUCAAUGCACAUUAAUGAUUCAACAUUCAAGAAGUAUCCUGGAAAACAGUGUAGUAAAUGUGUUGAUGUUAUGUGAAGUGACAAGGAGUUCGAGGUAAAAUUUAUAAAAUGUGAUUAAUAUUUUUUUGUAUUGGUUGGCAUUUGCUAAAAUUUCCUGAGAAGAUAUAUAAAUGAAAAAACUCCUGCUUACAACAACUGUCUUACUAUGUAAAUAAGUGCUUGUAAAUUUGUCUUUUGUUAUUGUUUUGAGUGUGAUUUUGAAAUCACUCUUAGUUAUUCUGGGGACAACCAAAAGAUUUAGUUUUAUUUAUAGGAAUUAUUAUGUAGGUAUUAUAGUAUCAAACUUACAAAUAUUUGCAUUUUUUUGUUGUUGGCAGUGAUCCAGUAACUCACCAUUGUUAUUCUGAUUCUUCAUUCAGCUUAUUUUCCUUUAAAAAAAUUAGAUACUGUACUAAUAUUUUUUUCCAAAUAUACUGAGCCUUAAAUUUGUUUAAUAAUUUUUUUGGAAGAAUUAACAGAUGGGAAGUCCCUAUCAGUUGUGUAUUUCAGUAUCUACUGUAUUCCUGUUCUGUUCUCUUUAUUUCACUGAAUGCAUUUCAAAACCUCUUGAAAAUUGAAGUAAAAUUGCCUUUACUCCUGAUGUAUGCUUGGAAGUAUUUAAAAUGUAUCAUAAAAGUUUUAUAUUUUCCACUCUUACUCUGAACUAGAGUUAGCUGUACUUAUGACAAACCACCUUUGUCACAAAGGAUUAACAGCUUAUUUUUUGUUUUUGAUUACCAUUGUUACACUAGUAUUUAAAAUAUAGAAAAUUCAUAACGACAAUGUUUUAGUAAGUAGAAUGGCCUAAUUAAAGUUUUAAAUUCAAGAGUAGCCUAGACUGACACAAUUCAAGUCUUUAUUUGGUGCUGAAAGUUAUAUUUUAUAAAUGCAAGUUCUUUGAAUAGAUUAUGUCGGAAUGUGUUUUUGAAGUGUAAUCAUACUCACAGAUGUAGGUUAGGUUCAAAGCUAAUGAGGGUAUGCAUUAUUAAACAUUGAUUACAAAAGAGAUUUGUUGUUUGUAAUCAUUUUAGUGCCUUUACUCAGUACAGUAAUUCAUACAGGUUCUUAUUCUGCAUGAGUUUGUAUAUCUAUUCUAGACAUAAUCUACAAUUAAUCUGUAAGUUUGUCAAACAGAAUCCUGUUAUCAUUAUCCUCUCCUGUAUUCGCGUUCCUACUGUUCCAGAGAAAUUCUCUGUUGUCCAAAUAUUCAAUUGAUUUUCAUGCAUUGCCCCAAGCAAUUUAUGAAGCUCUUUCAAAUGUCACACAGAGGCCUUACACACACAAGCUCACUGGGAAUGAGAAUUUUGAUACUUCUCUUUAUCCUAAAGUAUUGUCAAUUAACAGGGCUUAAUUUCCACUUGUCAGUAUUUAAUUUAUUACUCAUAAUUUGGAAUUUUGUAAUUACAUAAGUUCGAUUGUGUAGUAUACAGAGCACUAUGGAACCAUGAUUAUUUUACUUUUUGAUAAUUACACAGUUUUAUUUAAAUUUGUAAAACUGUGAACAAGCUAUAAUUCCCAGUGAUUUUGACGCUUCUUCGUCCGCAUGUGUGGUUGUACGGGUGAAAGGAUCUUAGCAUGCCCUCUGACUGAUGCACAGGGAGUAGGAUAACACUGGAGGAUCAGGUACCAUACUUUUAAUGAUUAUUUUUUCAUUACAGCAAUAGUCAUUAAAUUCAUGCUUUUAUCCUUUCAAAGUAUAGAGUCCACAUUGAUAUUGUUUAGGUUGCAUUAUAAGAUAUUUCAUCUGUAAAAGCUUGAUAUUUUAUAAAAGAUAAUUACAAUGAUUAAAGGUUACUAGCAUAA